AUGAUGUCAAUUCGUGUCUUCUCUUGUGUUCUAUUAUUAGUGACUGUUAUAUUCGCUCCUGUCAAUCCUCUACCUACAGUUCGAUCUUAUCUUAUCAAAGGACGUUUCCAAUUGAUGAGAUCUCUCGAAUUUGCAAUUUUUGAUGCGGCGGGAGUUAAACAGCAAUAUCGCAUCGAAUCUCAAUUUGGUACAAUGGAAAAUCCUAAAGUUGUUGCUUAUCCGUCGAAAGAAAUCGUCGCUACGUUGCAAGAAAAAUUUGUAAAUCUUAUGUACAACGGAAUAAUUUCUAUUCUCGAUCCUACUUCUGAUGAAUGGAUAAGUGGAAAAAUUUAUCACAAAUUCCUUGACGACAUCUUCAUUGAGUGGAAUGGACAUCGUGUGAGGAUAUUACGUAAAAAGGGAGAUGAUCGAAGCUUAUUCUUCCGAGACGAAAUUAAUGGAACCAUUUUAGCUAACUCUGAAAAGAAAUCAAAAUUUAAAUAUUUCUCAAUUAAAUAUGACGUGAAAGUAUUCUCGGAUGAGUUACCAGAUGCAAUUUAUUUUCUGGGAAUUGCCGUCGCGAAUGAAAUAGCAAAACGACAAUCCAGCCGUGGAAAAUGA